AUGCUUCGUUCUGAAGGACUUAACUGCGAAAUUCCUGUGAAUAAUUCAUUUUCACCAUACUCGGACGUAAGAAGGAACGGAGUGACUCAAAGUGACAAUUUUCAAGAUUGUUCCGGAUAUACAAAUGUUCCGACAACAUUUAAAGGCUAUGACUGUAGUUAUUCCAACCCGGACGCUGGAAAUGUGGAGUCCGAAUACAAUGUUUACGAAACACUGGGCGAUGAAAACAAUGUUGGAACGACUAAUAGUGAAUCUAACGAGGAAGAUGGUAUCAGAAAUGACUUUAACUCUUGCAGAAAAGCGCCAGGAAAUAUUCAAACGCAAAACCAAGUAAUGGAUUAUCCUUCGUGUCGGAAGUUUUCAGUGAUUUCUCAAGCCGCACAGUACGCGUCCAUUCCGAAUUUUGCCACGGGCAACGGUGACUACGCAAAACCGGCGUACGGAAACAGUGUCACGUACCCGACAACUUUUCACAGACAAAAUCCGGCAUAUCAGAUGUAUUCCGACGCCUUCAAUGUCGGUCAGAUGUAUUACCAUGGGCAGAUGUCGCCGGCAAUCGGGCAUUCACCUCCUGGUUUGAUGCCGCUGGGCUGCGUGCAACCAAACCCGGCGGCCGGAUUUUAUCCGCAUGGAAGUAUAUGCGUAUAUCUGUGUAACCGGGACCUUUGGGCUAAAUUUCACCAACACACGUGCGAAAUGAUCAUAACCAAACAAGGGAGACGCAUGUUUCCGACCCUACAGUACAGCCUAACCGGUUUAGAUCCCCACUCUCAGUACAACGUAUUUGUAGAUAUAGUUCUGGCAGACAACAGCCACUGGAAGUUCCAGAACGGACACUGGGUGCCAUGCGGACAGGCGGAACAACUACCUCAAAAUGGGCGUGUUUACCUGCAUCCAGAUUCACCAAACUCUGGAGCUCAUUGGAUGAAGCAGGACAUUGUGUUCGGCAAGCUGAAAUUGACCAACAACAAAAAUGCAGAAGCUGGACAUGUACGGCAGGUUAUACUAAAUUCCAUGCACAAGUACCAGCCACGCAUCCACGUGAUCCAAGUUGACUCUUGUGCACCGGAAGACCAAAAGAGCCUCCAGACGCAUUCAUUUCCGGAAACACAAUUCAUUGCUGUGACAGCGUACCAAAAUACAGACAUCACACAGUUAAAGAUAGAUCAUAAUCCGUUUGCAAAAGGCUUCAGGGAUAGCUUUGACAGAGGGCCAGGCAGAAUGACACCUUCUCCACCUGGAUUUCAGAACGUUUCCCAAAAUUCCGGCUGUUUUCCUUUCUCUAUACCGCGGGCGAUCACGUUCACGAAUCGAUUACCACAUAAUCGAUCCCUCACAGGCUCCAAUGGAAACCAGUCAUUCUUUAACCAAUCAAAUGAGGAUUUGUCGACUACGUCAUGCCGACAAAGAGAUACAAACUCGAUGGUAAAAUAUUACUCGAGAAAUAGUGUAAAUAACGAAAACGUAGAUACAUCCCCACGACAAGCUGAAAGUUCUGAAGGUUCGAGCCAACAGUCGACUUUCCACCAGACCAGUCCGACGAAUGGUUUUCAAAGUUCGAUUUCUGACGUAGAUGUCAAGCCAAACCCUUGUCAGCUUGUUCCAAACUGGCAUCAAACAUCGAAUAUGAAAAGAAAUGAUAUCUUGGACAGUUCCGAGACACCAAACAAACGUCCAAAAAUUAAUGACUGUAAUAACAGCCAAAAUCAAAUAUCUCACAACCCUGAUAACAGCGCAUGCGCAAGUCCCACGCAGCCGCAGUUGCAAGAUCAAGUAACAGGCGGAAUACUUCGGACCGGAAGUCACUAUCAUACAAGCAGCGAAUUGACAGUUGAUAAUUGUAAAGCAGAGAGAGAAACAUGGUGA